AUGGAGGUGGCCGUAGUGGCCAUUCCCUCUUCAUCCGACUCGCUGGUAUACGCGAUGCGGGCAUUCAUGUCUCCGGAUUCGGUGUACCUGCUGGAUGGUUGCUGGUACCGUCGUGAGAGGACGCGGUCCGAGCGACGAAACCGGGAGCCGUUUUAUCGCAGCAGCGAGCUCGGUGUAACCAUCAAGAUUACCGGCCGCGGCGGUUGCGCCAAGUACUGUGGUACAGCUCCAUCACCCGGCAACAUUUCAUUCUCCAGUUUUCGUCAGUCCUUCACCUCCAAUGUCAACUACCUGAAACGGAGGUUCUCGUCAGGGGACCUGAGUUCGGAACUCGACGAUGAGCCCAACGCGGAUCCUGGGCUGGCCACCGUGGGUCGGGACUCGUCUCAGCCGUAUCAAGCGGUGUCGGACCGACCCCUGCAGUCCCAGCCGGGCCCGAUACCGCCGCCGGCCGCCCCGCCGAUCCCGGGCGCGCCGCCCCAGGGACCGCCGCAGCCCAUCGGUGGCGAUCUCAGUCUCAACCUGAGACCCGGCUCGCGGACCACCAGCGCACCAUCCUCGCCGGCGAAGACACGGGAGAGUUUGCUCCAGCGGGUACAGAGCUUAACCGGCGCCGCCCGCGAUCAGGGUGCUUCUAUUUUGGGAGCGGCGGUAUCUGGCGCGACCAGAGGCUCGUCAUACAGCAAGGACCGAUGCUUCACUCUGCUGGUGAUCGAUGACCAGAACACCGACUGGAGCAAAUACUUCCGGGGGCGCAGACUGCACGGCGAUUAUGAGAUCCGGGUGGAGCAGGCGGAAUUUCGAGAACUGUCCCUGACGGCAAGCGAGGCGGGCACCGUCGUGUCCAUGGCUGUCUAUCGUAACGGGACCAAAGUUAUUCGAUCUUUCAAACCUGAUUUCGUAUUGAUACGUCAAAAUCUGCGAGAUGCUGGAGAAGAUUACAAGAAUAUUCUUCUUGGUCUGAUGUAUGGCGGUGUACCCAGCGUUAAUAAUCUUACAGCAAUUUACAAUUUUCAGGACAAACCUUGGGUAUUUGCUCACCUGCUAGGACUACAGCGUCGUUUAGGUAAAGACAACUUCCCCCUGAUCGAACAGAGUUAUUACCCCAAUCAUCGCGAAAUGGUGAGCGCAUCUCGAUAUCCCGUCGUGGUGAAAUUGGGCCACGCCCACGGCGGAACCGGCAAAGCCCGUGCGGAAACAAAUCAGGAAUUUCUAGAUCUCGCUUCGUUGGCAGCUAUGGCAAACACUUACUGCACGGCGGAACCCUACAUCGACACCAAGUACGACGUGCACGUGCAGAAAAUCGGGAACAAUUACAAGGCUUUCAUGCGGAAAAGCAUAAGCGGCAACUGGAAAUCGAACACCGGAUCAGCGAUGUUGGAGCAACUUUCCGUGAGCGAGCGACAUCGCACAUGGGUCGACCACGUGGCGCAACUAUUCGGAGGAUUGGCUAUCUGCGCGAUUGAAUUACUGGUGGGCAAGGACGGGCGGGAGCACAUUAUCGAGGUCAACGACAGCGCGCUAUCCUUAAUGGGCGACUCUCAGGAAGAGGAUCGACGUCACAUCGCGGAUUUAGUCACAUCGAAGAUGCAGGUUUACUGUCGACCUCCGAGCAUGUUGACGAAGACUGCCUCGCGGGGCUCGAUGUCGGGCUCUCAGGUCGGUAGUCCGGUGGAAGAUAGAACCGCAGCUACAACCGCACCCUUGGGAUCUCAUGGAAGUAUGGGUUCUAUGGGUAGUAUAGGGAGCUUAGGUUCUGUAGCUUCCACCGCACCGAUAACAGCCGAUCCAGUCACCGCCUCGGAUAGUCAUCAUCAGUUGCAGCGACGCGAUUCUCAAACUUCUCAAUCGAGCACGGUGAGCAGCGCGCCGUCCGUCGGCCGACGCACCGAAGAACCACCGGUAUCCCGGGUGCCGUUCCAUCGACAAGGCAGCCAGUCGCAGGCUCCGGGUGAAGAUACCGAGGACACGAUGAAGAAUCUGCGAAAGACGUUUGCUGGCAUUUUUGGCGACAUGUAGACCACAAGAUAUGGCCGACGUAGCGAGAGUGUGGACGUCGGGCACUCUCGCGAUGAGGUAGCUAAUGAUAACACGUCGGCAACAAACAUUCAAACGCGAACUCACGAACUUCUCCGACGAUCCCUAAGCAUGUUCCACGAAUGAAGCGCAUCACGCUCGAGCGCGCCGAUCAUGCGCAAGCUGUGACGCGGAGCAUGUAGAUAUCUAUAUAUUUGCAGAUUGUCGCAGGAAACUCGCGAGACUGCAUGCCACGCGAAGUGCACUAUAUAGUCAUUUGAGUUUAAUCGAAGGUUAUCGA